GGAAGUGUUGCCGAUUCAUGCUUCCAUGCUUUCUGCUACUCAACUGUAGGCUACUCCUUCAAGGGCAGAGGAAGCAUUUGUUAAUGGACUCAAGAUGACUAGCAGCCAAGCAUUUAAAAUGCUUGUAUGAACCAACUGUUCUACUGGGAGGAACGUGUACCUACGCCGUCCUUUAGCUAGUGCCUCUGGAAGGUUUGUAAAACCCUCUUCUCUCCUUCUCCUUGAGCCUUUAUUCCCACCAUGGUGGUUAUGAAGAGCUAUUGUGGGUCCGAAGCCUCCAUUGCUCAGACAUGGGUGGAGGGAGGCCUAUCGCCCUGCUUCUACUUCACCUUGGUCCCCUCUGUGCUCCUCACCCUCUCCUUCUUCUUUGGCACCUUCCAUUGCGUCUGCUACCAGCGCUAUGGCACGGACAUGGAGCCCAAGUUCGUUCCCCGCUCGCGCCUCUAUGGGGUUCAGCUCUGGCUGUCGGUGCUACUGCUCCUCCAGGCUCUGGGGGGGAUGGUGUACCAGGUGGCCCAGGGAACGGAGGAGGUCCCUGGGUAUGUGGUGCUGUACGGCUGCCUCUCGAUACUGGGCUGGGCCUGGGCCAUCGCCUUGCUGAGGCUGGAGAGAAGGAGGGUGCUGGUCAGAGACCGGACCAGAGGCCACAGCACGGUGCUGCUCAUGUUCUGGGCAGUGGCGUUCGCCUCGGAGAACCUGGCCUUCAUAUCCUGGGCCAGUCCCUACUGGUGGUGGGGGCUGGAUGGAGAGAAACACCAGGUGGAGUUUGCACUGUGGCUGAUUCGCUAUGCUGGAUCUGGAGCUCUCUUCUUCUUGGGCCUCAAGGCUCCAGGGUUGCCAAGGAGACCAUAUAUGCUCCUCAUCAAUGAGGAUGAGAGGGAUGUUGAGCAUGGACAGUCUUUGCUGGGCAACCAGGCGGAGAACGAGUCCACGUGGAUCGGCUUCAAGAAGAAGGUGCGCCUCCUGGUGCCCUACAUGUGGCCACGGGGCAGCAUGCUCCUGCAGCUGCUGGUGCUGCUCUGCCUGGGCCUGCUAGCCAUCGAGCGCGUCAUCAACGUCUUCGUGCCCAUCUGCUACAAGAACAUAGUGAACGACUUGACCAAUCAUAGCAGUUGGACGGCCCUAGCCACCACAGUCUGUUUGUAUGUUUUCCUGAAGUUCUUGCAGGGUGGAGGAGCAGGGGCGUCUGGCUUCGUGAGCAACAUGCGCUCCUUCCUGUGGAUUCGAGUGCAACAGUACACUAAUCGGCAGGUGCAGGUGCGUCUGUUCGGUCACCUGCACGCGCUCUCGCUGCGCUGGCACCUGGGCCGCCGUACCGGCGACGUGCUGCGCAGCAUUGACCGCGGUACCUCCUCCAUCAACAGCCUGCUCAGCUACAUAGUCUUCAGCAUCUUUCCCACCAUUGCGGACAUUGUCAUCGCCAUCGUGUACUUCAUCACCUACUUCAAUGCCUGGUUCGGGCUCAUCGUCUUCGUCUGCAUGUUCCUCUACCUCACUCUCACCAUCAUCAUCACAGAGUGGAGGACCAAGUAUCGGCGAGACAUGAACACCCAGGACAACAACGCCAAGUCAAAAGCAGUGGACUCACUGCUUAACUUUGAGACGGUGAAAUACUACAAUGCAGAGAGCUAUGAGGUGAAUCGGUUUGAGGAUGCAAUACUUAAGUAUCAGGUGUCUGAAUGGAAGACCCAGGCCUCGCUGGCGUUCCUGAACCAGACCCAGAACAUCAUAAUCGGCAGCGGGCUGCUGGCGGGGUCUCUGCUCUGCGCAUACUUUGUCACCGAGGGCAAGUUUCAGGUUGGAGAUUAUGUUCUCUUCGGCACUUACAUCAUCCAGCUCUACACACCCCUCAACUGGUUUGGAACCUACUACAGAAUGAUCCAGAACUCCUUCAUUGACAUGGAGAGCAUGUUCAAAAUUUUCACCGAGGAGCAGGAGGUGACGGAUGAUGUAAACGCAGGAAAUCUCUUGUACAAGCUGGGGAAGGUGGAGUUUGAGAAUGUUCACUUCAGCUAUGUGGACGGAAAGGAGAUCCUGAAAGACGUCUCCUUCACUGUGCUGCCAGGCCAAACAGUUGCUCUGGUUGGCCAGUCUGGCUCUGGAAAGAGCACAAUCAUUCGCCUGCUCUUCCGGUUCUAUGAUGUCCAUGGGGGCUGCAUCCGGAUCGACGGCCAGGAUAUCAGCAAGGUGAAACAGACUUCGUUGCGUGCACAUAUUGGAGUGGUACCACAGGACACCGUCUUGUUCAACGACAACAUCCGAGACAGCAUCCGCUAUGGGCGCAUUUCUGCCAGUGACCAGGAGGUGGAGGAGGCAGCCAUGGCUGCCGACAUUCAUGACAAAAUCCUGGCCUUCCCAGAAGGAUAUGAGACCCCAGUGGGAGAGCGGGGACUGAAGCUCAGUGGUGGGGAGAAGCAGAGAGUGGCCAUUGCCCGAACCAUCCUCAAAGCCCCCCAGAUAAUUCUUCUGGACGAGGCCACGUCUGCUCUGGAUACACAGACGGAGCGUAACAUUCAGGCCUCGCUGGCCAAAGUGUGUGUAAACAGGACCACCAUUGUGGUGGCACACAGAUUGUCCACCAUCAUUGGAGCUGACCAGAUUUUAGUUUUGAGUGAAGGACAAAUUGCUGAGCGAGGAAGGCAUGACGAGCUGUUGGCGAAGGGUGGUAUGUAUUGCGACAUGUGGAUGAAGCAGCAGCAGGCACAUGACUCGGACUCCGCUUCUGACUCAGAGGCCAAGGACAGGGCGUCAGAAAAACUACAGCCCCCAUCAGCCACUGGGGGCCAUCACCAUGGCCACUAAGUGCAGUGCUGGGAGCCAAUGCAUUUUGGUUUGACUACGGAGAAACUCUACAUGGGGCACAGGCAUAAACUGAAUCUGUACAGUUGCAAAUCAAUGACAUGCAAUGACAUGAAGGCCGCACAAAAGCAUGAAGGCACUGAACACAUUUUUAUCAUGAGUUUUAUUUUUGAACUGGUGUAAUUGAGGUUAAUUGAGAUUUGUAAGUUGUAGCAUUACUACAUAUAAUUUUGGUCUCAUACACAACCAUUUGUAUAUUCUGCUUUUAGGUUGCCUAUAGGCUCAGUGCCCCCUGUCAUUGUAGUGUUUAUAUUGAAAUGUAUUUACAGUAAGUGUUGAUAAGUUAUGCUGACACGUGCACCUUUUCACCUAAUUUACACAGUUAUGAACGGCGCCACACUCUUAUUUAUGUAAGCAAUAGAACUUGUUGAGCCUACGAGGUCAGUUAGACAUACUGAAUGUAUAUAUUUUAAUAUUCUUUUGUCAUUUUAUUCUUCCUUUUAAGCAAAACUCCAAACCUGGUAAACCACGAUGGUUGUGUUUGUGAGAAAUAUGAAAAGUAUUACUUUUCAUUACGUGCGUUUUGAAAGUUUUUUUGUCAAUAUUGACUGUCUUUUAAAAAAAAAAAGGAAAAAGUAAACCGACACUGACUAAAGCACUAGCAUUAGCCAAGUAUCAGAAACACAUGAUCUUGAGGAAUCAGUGGGUAUUCACACUACUGGGGUAGUUAGUUGAUCAUAUGGACACAAGGCCAGUGGAUUUUUAAUUUGAGAAUAGCUGGACAUUUGGAUUGACACCUUCCAUAACAUCUUAGAAAACAUUCAUUUUGCCAGUUUAUGUAUCAGUGUCAACAUGUUGAGAUUAACUAUAGUAAUGAUAAAAUUACAUUGCUAAUUUGUUCUUAUCUAGGUGCCUGUCUGGCUUUACAUGGUCAGGUUAUAAGCUGGUGUGUAAUUUGUAAAUGAGUGUGACAUCAAAGAAAAUCUCUGUCCGUUUGCUCUUAUAGCCUUACAAGGGAUAGUAUGUGUUAUUCUGUUUUAAAGUUCUCUAGAAAUGUUCAUCUUUUUUUAUAUUUAUUUAAAAAAAAAAUCAGGUCUGUAGGGGAAACUUGAGAAAUUGAUAACCUCUGUGUUCGUGAGGCACUUCUGGGCUCUGAUGGACAAUGCAUCAGACUUGCUACUGUAACAAUGAGUGAUUUGCUCCUGCUCCAGUUUGAAAGUGGACAAAUGCCAAAGAUAAAUAAGACUCACUGGAUUUGUAACUGAGCAUGAGUACGGUAUGCUGAAUUGGGCGGUCAAUUAGCAAGUCUGUUUUGAUGGGUUGGUCACUAUUUUUGUGUACUCUUCUGACACUAGCUUAUAAUGACAACUCUCAGAGUUGUCAUUAUGCACAAGUGAAGAAGGUAGCCUACUCAGACCCUUUUGCACUCAGUUUAUCUCAUCUGGAGCAGAUUCCUAGAUUCAACCCUAGGUGUUGUUUACCAAUUGUAUCUUUAAGAUCCGUCUGAAGAAAAUGCCCAAUGCCCAUGAUUCUAUGGUCAAGGCAUCUCAAACUUUGGUGAUGAGCUCCUGUUUGUUAAGAUAAAAAGGGUAUUGGCCAGUCUUGGUAUGAGCCUGUGCCUCCUAUGUUUUGGUUUCAUUAAUGACAUGGCUGCUAGCAGGAUAUUGAUGAGUGAUUUGUUGUUGCCUGAGUUUGUUUAUGUUUUUAUUUGUAAGCUAAAAGUAAAACAUUUAUAAGAAGA